AUGCAGCACGUAAGGAAAACAACGUUGAACCGAGCACAAGCUUCCCAUUGUGGUCGCGGCAGUCUCGAAGUGACGGCGUUCGUUGACUGAUAUUGCAUCAUACGGGAACCACAAUGACGUCAAUGGCGGACAAGGUAUUCCACCCCCGCUCGGAGGGCAUCCCCUCCGAGGGUGUGAUGGAUCAGUACGCCGACGGCAAGGCAGCCAGGGUCUGGAAGAAGUUCGUGGGAGACAGCAACCAGAGGACGCAGAACUAUAAGGAUUUCUUGAUUGGGCUACUGCGAGCCAAUGGUUGCAAGAAAAUAUUGGAUGCCGCUUGCGGCACUGGGAUCGACUCCAUGAUGCUGGUGAACGAGGGCUUUGAGGUGGUCUCCGUGGACGCCUCCGAUAAGAUGUUGAAGCACGCGCUUAAGGCGCGCUGGGAGAAGAGAAAGGACCCUAGGUUCGAUCAGUGGAUAAUCGAGGAAGCCAACUGGGAGGCCCUCCACUCAGACGUGCAGGCGUUCCUCCCCGGAGUGUCGUUCGACGCCGUCAUCUGCCUCGGGAACUCGUUCGCCCACCUGCUGGACGAGUACGGCGACCAGCGCGUCCAGAAGCGCGCCUUGGAGAACUUCGCCAAGUGUCUGAAGCCGGGGGGACUGCUGUUCAUCGAUCAUAGGAAUUAUGACGCCAUGAUUGAUAGCGGGGCCACGCCGGGUCAUUCUAUUUAUUACAAUUGCAAGUACCCAGUGGAUAUCAAAACGUCAGUGCUGGUCGUGGGGGGCAAGCCGCAGCUCGUCACCCUGGACUACUGCAUUGGUGGCUCCCAAGGCGGAGAGGACCGAAGCGACUUCCGCCUUUGCUACUACCCGCACAAACUAGAAAAGUUCACGCAAAUAUUGAAAGACGCGUUCGGGCCGGGCAGCACGCACAGCUUGUACGCAGACUUCAAACCUCUGUCCGAAGUACCCGUACCCGGGUUCUACAUACACGUUAUUAAGAAACCACAAUAAUUUUUUGUAAUGUAAUAGGAUUACAAUUAGUAGGGAGCGUAAGCGUAAGCGUAUCGUAAAAACGUUACGAGUACGAGACGCGUAGAGUUCAGUACCCCUAGUGUAAAUUUUGAGUUUCCAAAACGUCGCGCUUGGCUGUUUCUAAAUCCCAUACAAAAUGAGACUUAACGCAAACGCGUACGACACGUCGAGCUAUCGAAUAAAUUUACAGUAGGAGUUCUGGGUACCAAGCGUCGCGUAAUCGUUUUAUAAGUGAAAUCUCAUUAGUUGGAAUCAUGUAGUCCCUCCAGAUAUCUUCGGCGCAUGUAUCGACGAUAUUACUUUCUCGUCAGAUGAUGUUUUUUUUUAAUUGUGUGAUUAUUUAUGUUUGAAGUAUUGUUUUUUAAGCCUGUAUUCCGCUACGCCCGUCGUAAUGAAUACAGUGCGUAUUACGAUGCGCUACGUGCGUAUUACGAUACGUCUUACGCGCCGUGUGUUGAGGGCCGAACUUGGAACCUACAAUAUUUUCUUUGGGUACACAGUAGACAUCUUAUGAAAAUUAUGAAUUUCACCGUUUUUUAUAGGCUGGCUUUCAUUACUGGAAUGUUUUUUCAAUUACCCAAUUAUUUUUAGAAAUUAUUAAAUCAAUUACCUAUGGCAAAAUUAACAGUGCAGUGUAACCUACCGCGAAAACCGAAAAUCCCAAAAUGCGGGAAUCUUUCUCUUUUACUCUUACUAAGACGUAAUUAGAGUGACAAAGAAAAAUACCCAGACAAUGUAUUGUUCUGUUCUGUUCUAAUCUACAUUUUGAUUGGUUCAGUAAAUAUUAUGUUGUGUAAGUUAUUUUUGUUAAUUUAUUUAUCUGAUUAGUUUUAUUUCGUUUUGCGACAUUAAAAACGAUUAAAUUAAUAACAACAUUUAUUUACUUUUAUUCUUUGUUACCUAUUUAGUCAUUUUUAAAUUGACUUAAGUAUAAAGUCUUAUUUUAUACAUGUUAAUACAUUUUAUAAUAUUAUCUCAAUUAAGUAUCCGAAUUGGAUAUUUUUAAUAUAGAUAGUUAAGGGCCUGUUUCACAAAGUCUCAGUAAAGUAUCUGGUAGCUGAUUAACAAAUAAAUUAGAACUAUCUUAAGUUGUAAAGGUAUUUAUCUACCAGUUAAGCUUAUUUGAAGAUUGUGAAACGCCGACGAAGACUUUAUUCGUCAGAUAAAUGGCAAGUAGCUUAUUCAGGACGACUUUACUUCGUUGUGAAACAGGACCUUAAUGUAUUGUUUUUAUUUCAUAUAAUAAAGUUGUUUUGUUUUCAA